UUUUGCAGACAAGACGACAUUUAAAGGCCUGGGAGCCUUGUAGGUAUAUAUAAUUUAACAAUUUUACAUCGAGUAGCCAAGCAACGUUUUACGGGGACACGAAAGGAACGCGUAACAAUAGGGAAACUCGACGAUCAACAACCAUAGAAUACAUGAUACCAUUAUCAUAAAUACAUGCCGCCGUACAUUAUGUAUGACAAAUGGCGUAGACUGAAUCUGCAGAAGAAAACCUCGACCUAAACAACCAUUGUCUUGCAUUAGUCUCCAUCAUCACAGGGAUAAGCGGUUGAAGCCUUGGAUUCGCGGCUGUUUGGAAGGUAAAAAUGACAGUCGCUUUACAAAGGCGGACCCCCAAAGUUUAUACUUUAGAUGAGGUGAAAGAACACUGCUCCAAAGGAGACUGCUGGGUCGUUGUUGAAGAUUCAGUGUACGAUUUGAGCAAAUGGAUCGGUCAUCAUCCCGGAGGAGAGCUGCCGAUUCUCUACAUGGCCGGCCGCGAGUGCACUGAUGUCUUCAAGGCUUUUCACCCGGCGUGGGUAUUUACAAAGAAGCUACCGGCUUUCAAGAUCGGCAAGCUCGAUGAUACACGCAAGGAGAAGAAGGAAACUAGUCUCAGUGAGGAUUUCGAAAAGCUGCGGCAAGAAAUAAUCGAAGGAGGAGGACUCCAGACGAAUUACUGGUUUUAUAUCCGACUGGCAUCUAUGCUGGCCCUGCUGUUUGCCUCAAUAAUAUACUGUGUCGUAUUCUCCAACAAUGUGUACAUCCAAGUAGCAGCAGGCAUCUUGGUAGCAGUUUUCUGGCAGCAGAUGGCAUUUAUUGGCCAUGAUGCAGGGCACCAUGCAAUAUUCCAUGACGAGCAGUGGGACGACAGACUUGGCCUUGUUGUAGGCAACCUCCUAACUGGGGUCAGCAUUGGAUGGUGGAAAAAGAGUCACAAUGCACAUCAUGUUGUGACCAACUCUGUGGAGCUGGACCCUGACAUUCAGCAUCUACCAGUUCUUGCUGUCACAGAUAAGUUCUUCAACUCCAUCAAGUCCAUCUAUCAUGACAGAGUCAUGCAUUUUGAUGGCUUGGCCAAGUUCUUUGUCCGCUAUCAGCACCAUUUGUAUUUCCUCAUCAUGGGACUUGCAAGGUUCAAUCUCUACGCCCAGAGCUUCUUGCUGGUGCUGUCAAAGGAGAGGGUGAAGUUGCGUGUGAUGGAGUUCGUCACUAUGGUCUUGUUCUGGACCUGGUACUUGACCCUGUGCUCCUAUCUGCCAACAUGGUCAACAAGAUUUGCGUUUGUGUUCCUGGCUCAUUUCCUUGCUGGGAUUAUCCACAUCCAGAUCACGCUCAGCCAUUUCUCCAUGGAGACAUACAACGGCCUGCCCCUUGAUGCUUUCAAAGAAAACAGGUUUCUUCUCUCACAAAUGGAUACCACCAUGGACAUUGAGUGUGAUCCCAAUCUGGAUUUCUUCCAUGGCGGCCUGCAAUUCCAGUUUGAGCACCACCUCUUCCCUCGUGUUGCACGCCAAAACCUGCGCUCAAUCCAGGAGAAGAUGAAGUUGCUGUGCAAAAAACAUGGGCUGCCAUAUCGCUCCAAAUCUUUUGUGGAUGCCAACAUUGAGGUUAUCCAGUGUCUGAAGGACACUGCUGAGAAGUCAAAGUGCUUUUCCCCAAAGAUCUGGGAUAGUGUUCAUUGCAUUGGUUAGAUAACAAUAGCAGUGAUCAGCAUAGCUAGACAUUUUUAGUUUUAUCAGUGUUAUGUAAUUGAGUAAGUGUAAUGGUUUAAAUUGAAUUUAAGAUUUUUUUUCUUAAAUAAACAUGGUAGUUUUCAAUAGGUUUUUUGGUCAGAUAAACCCAAGCUAUUGAAAAAAGGAGUUGAGGGAAAACUGAAUUAAACAAACAAACAAAAAUCCCUACUGAAAACUAAUCUGUUCGUAAAGUUUAUAAUUGAAAAUCAAGUAUUCUUUUACUUAUAUGAGGAGAAGGGGAUUUUCCCAUAGUUUUAUUUCAUGCAAAUGUUUCAUUUCAAAUCAACUUCAGAAACUAGUUUGAGAGGACCACUAAACUAGCUGUUUUCUUUUUGGACCUGAUUGGUUACGUAAACCUUAUUUUUGCUAUUGACAUUUUUGUUUCUUCUUUCUGUGCAAAGUAUAGAUUACUGUUCUCUUUCAAAUCCAAUAAUUGCAUUAUUUAUUGCAUUUGUUAGAACAAAUAAGGCAAUUUUUCAAAUCAUAUGACUGUUAUCCAAAGUAAUGCAGUAUUUAUGGAGUUUGAAAAUGACAUUCAUUGAUAUUUAUGGACUUGUCAAAAAGCUUAUAGAUACUGUUAAAUGUUCUAUUGCAAAAUAGUUACAUCCUUGGUCCAUAGCCAAGGUGACUUAAAAUACAAAUAUACAAGUUGUUUCUAACUUGCAGUUCUAAAACCACUUGGUGCAUAAUAUAAUUUUUAUAUUAAAUAUGAUGAUAUUCAAUAUUUAUGCUUUGCACUCUCCAAUAAUUUAUUUUCAAUUUGCCUGAAAUUAUAUAGAGAUUAUAUAAAGGAACAAAAAAAAUCAGAUGAAGUAUUAAAGAGUUAUUUUGAUCUUGAAUUAAAAAAAAAAUUAAACAGAACUGUGAGUUCACAAAGUGUGGGCUGUGGAAAGAGAUUACAAAUUAUAAGCUAUAAUUUUUUUGUGCUGUUUUCUCAAAUUUUAUUCUAACUGAUAUAUUAUAUUAUAAAGCAAUAAGAUGCAUCUUUUGUGUCAGGUAAUAUAUGUUAUAUUGCUUUUAUAAAAUGAACACUACUAUCUAACAGGCACAUGGCAUGUUAGAUUUAUUGUUGGUAUUUUAGAAACAAAAAUAAAGUAGUAAUCUUAUUAGUUUGAUCUCAGAAUGGUUAGGGCAAAUAGUGAUGUUCAACUAAUUUGAGACUAUUUCACCAUACAAAAGUUAUAAUGUUGCUUUAUCUAAUAUUGUACCAUGUAGGUGUUUUAAUUGUAUGCAGUAUCCAAGUUCUGACACUUAGAGUAAGUCAGAGUAGGUGAUUAGUACUUGGCUAGCUGGUUUUUAAAUUUGUCUACUGGUGUAGUACAAAACACGGUGGGUGUGACUCUCCCUAAAAAAUGUACAUAAGCUUGUCCUAUCCUUUAGGGUAUAAAAUCCGCCCAAGAGCUCUCCCUUAGGGUCUUCUGAAAAUCUGCUAUCCCUUAGGGUGUCUAUCAGGGGACCGACCCCAAAAAUGCAAAUCACACUUCCUGUUUCAGUUUGUAACCCUUUCUGUUUAAUCAAAUUUCAGUCAGUUGUAAUAAAACUCAAAAACCUGA